AAGAUAGAGAGGUCACCUGAAAUAAUUUGGAGGUGUAUGUCACAGAUCGACAUCCCAGGAACACGCAGGUCAAGCCAUGGCGUCACAGCAAGACGUUGGGGAAUUAUAGGCCAACUUUUUUCACGUUACGAAAUUUUCUGGGUUUCCGUUUUUGCCGUCGCACGCGUCACGCGGAUGGCCUCGCUCGAUUCAUGCGGACAGACGCUCGAGUUCACGCUCUCUCGUCAACCUCGCCGGUGCGAUCUCCGUCGCCCGCAUCAGCGCCGCGGUCUCCCUCGCCCGCCACCGCCCUCUACCUCGCGCAGGUUGAGAAGGCAAAGCAAGACUAUGCCCUAUCUGAUCUCAGUGACAUACUAAGGCAUGGCCAUUGACAUUCAGUGGGGGUGAUGAAUCUGCUCUCCAACGGCGUGGAGAAGCUCGACUUCUUCUCCGACUAGCACGACGACAACCAGCAUGGAGAAGCAAGGGCGAUGAGCCGGUGGCGGUCGGACCUGAGCAACUGCCAUGGACGGCUUCUCAGGUGGCAUAUGAGUGGGUGUGGGCAUGGAGAGGGAGCCUCGUAGAGACCAAGAACAGGGUGGUCGAGGACUGUGCCUGCGUUGGAGUCAUAUGCAGCUAUAGUGUGGCUCCGCCACUGGGCCAACCAAGCUUGACCGACCAGUGGCAUCGCCGUUGCACGAUGACUCUUCUGCUUCAAGAUUGACCAUGGAAUUGGAUUUAAUUACUUUGGCGAUUCGGGGAGGACUGGAGGGGCAGCACCAGUUACAAGAAUGAGAUGUAGAAGAUAUGGAGAGAGAUUCUGCUCGAAAGAAGAAAAAAAAAAAUACCAACCCAAGAAAAGAAAAGAUGACAAAGUGGAUCAGCAUCGACACGACACUAUCUGCAAGUGCACGCAAGGAACCAUGAAUGCUUUGGCAAAAGGAAAGCAGCGAGAUGCCAAAUUAAAGCCCGGGUACCUACUGCAUUCGGGUCCAGACCUCAACCACAUAUGACAAAGUGAAACUUUCUUCUGUUUCGAGCAAGAUGGUCGAGUGAUCGUAUAUCUUUGAGUGGACUGGAUUUUCUUGGAGAUAACUGUUAUUUUCCCUGCAAGUGUCCUUCCCUCCCCCUCGAAUCGAUGUGGCCUUGACGACUCUAGAGGUGCUGAGCAAGAUGAUUGGGUGAUAAAUCUUCAGCUCUACGAUUGGAUUUCACUGAAAUAACUUCUCGGUUGUUGCCGAGUCUUAAUUAGUUCGCUCCUCCUCAACUUGAUCUGCAGCCUCGCGGCUCUAGAGGGACUGAAGAAAUCUGCAGCUGAUUGUCUAUCAUGGCUUUCUUCUGCUGGUAUUAGUUUUCUGUCGAGAACUUCAACAUGUCCAAACAUCCAACCAACCUAACGCUGGUUGUAUUGGAUUUUGAUGAUGCCGUCAAACAAGUGAUUGAACUUUUGCGGGAAAGCGAUGAUGCUACAGAAGGAAAAAUUAAAGCAUUCAUCCUUUCUGGUGGCUGGAAUUUUGAGGGUCUAGGUGCAUGUGCUAUUAUUAGAGCUAUAGCCAAACUCCUAAAAUCCACAAUAUGUGAUGAUUCUGACAUGAGAAAUCAUUUUGGCAAAAUUUUCCAUGUGGACUGCUCCCUGUGGAAAAAUAAAAGGACCAUGCAGAGGGCAAUCGCGGAGGAGUUGAACCUUCGCCAUGUAAUGCCCAUAUUUGAUAAGCAGGAUGAAGAUGAUGAUUUCAGAGGGGUGGAAGACAGCUCUAGAGAAGAGAUAUCAAGUAUCGGGCAUUUGAUUAAUGAGUCUUUAAGAAAUGAGAAAUUUCUGAUGAUUUUUCAUUAUGGAGGAGUUGGAGAUAUUGAUCUAGCAGGGUUUGGCAUUCCUAUUUUUGGCAAAGGAAAAUUGUUAUGCACCGAUGAAGUAAGAUUUCAGGUCACAAGGACAGCGAAAAAACUAAUGCCAAGUUUUGCUAAUAUUUUUAUCUAUCCGCUUUUUACGGAUGGGGGGUUUCCGCGUCGUGCAUUGCACGAAGAAGCUGUGGGGGUGAUUGGUGACAUCGGCAUGGAGGGCAUCAACCUAGCAAUAGUUUUGGAUUGCUUCUUCUACUCAUUAAUCCUGACAGCACAACUACCUGAAAACUCUAUUGGUGUUGACAAUGGUUGGGCUACUCAUGCUUGCAACUACUGGAUAUGUGAUGGAAUCCUUGGAGAGGAAAGAGCUUGGGAGAUUGGCAAUGCAUUGUAUCGAGUGAUGACGCCAUUGGGGUAUUCUUCAGAUGGAACAAGACGUUUGUUGCGUGGACUAGACAUACAAGAAACGGAACAAAAUGUUUGUUGGUGGUACCCAGCCAUCUCCAACAAACUAGGAGCAAAAAAUAUUUGUAAUGUUCCUGAUUGUGCAACAUCAUAUUUCCUAACAUUCCAGGGAGAUGAUCCAGUAUAUGUUCGUAAUGAUUUGUUUGAACUAGCCAGCAGGAACCUCCAUGUGCUAAAGCUCUGCAACUGCAGAUUUGAUUUUGCAUCCCCUCCUUUCCAGUCCUGCCACAACCUAAGAUUCCUCUGGCUUCACAAUUGUGCAAACACAGAGAAGGAGAAAAGUGGAGUGCCAAUUUUUUCGAACCUGCUGGUGUUUGACUUACGUUUCACAGAUUAUGUUAUGUUGCCUCAUAUGGUUGAACUGAUGACCAAUCUCAGGGAGCUAAAUACGAAGGGAAUCUCAUGGAAGACUAUGAGUCAUGCUUGGAAAAGGCUACAAAAACUUCACAAGCUCCGGGUAACCGAGUCUUCAGAUGUGGUCACAGUGGACAGUUGCUCUUCCAUAGAUAUGCUGAAUUUGGAACUCCUUGACAUGUCUGGCAACACUCACAUGGAGUCAUUGCCCACGUUAGUAUCAUCCGCGAGAAGCCUCAAGAUGCUUGUUCUUGAUGGUUGUUCCAGCUUGCAGAACGUUGUACUGGAAGGAGUUCCACUGCUCGAAAGUUUCAGCUUUGAUGGUUAUGGCCCAGUAAAGAAUUGGAUUCAUUCCAUACAGCUGCCACAAAAGGAAUUACGCCUGAAGUCUCCUAUAGCUCCUGUUGAAAUAGUCCAGGUGACUAAGAUCUCCCUACAGGGCUGUGGUCGAUUGCAAAACAUAUUUUUGCGUGCUUUGCCCAAUCUGGAGGAACUAGACCUCUCUGGCACAGCCAUUAAAAUGCUUACCUUCCCUGAAAUGUAUGUCCUGAAUCUCAAGAAGCUAUUCCUAAUGGGUUGUGAGCAGCUCCGUAGUCUGGACUGGGGUUAUGAAAUACAUGCCUUGGAAGUGCUACAGGUAGACACGCAGAAGGAGGCUAGAUCAGUGGUCUGCUGUGGAGAACAGGGAUCCUUUGGCCUUCAGGCAUGUAUUGCUUUUUCAGAUGGAAGGUUUAUUUGGUCGGCCAUACAGGCACUCUUGUUCAGAUUCGUAAGAGAGAACUGCAAGGCGUACCUCCUGAUAUCUAGUAUGAGCCACAGCCAAGCCAACAUCACCGUAAGUGUCAAGGGGAUUGGCUCUAGCCAAGAGGGUUUGUUUCGAACAAUUCCACUGUUACCUUACAAUAAUAUUACCCUUACUGAAGAUGUAGCAUGCUUGUCCUUGGCGUGGAACCAACGACAGCUUCAAACAUUGGAUGUGCAUAUGGAGAUUGGAGAAGGAAGCUAUAAUUUAGAGAGUAUGCAGGACAAUAAAUAUUUCAGAGACCUUGUGGGGCGUGUUCAAUCAUUGCAUGUGCAUGACAAUUCCUCCAUCAUGGCUAUCCCUCCAACAGAUGAAGGAAGUUGGGACAUGCUAGUAUGGUGUCAUGUUGAGAGGUGCCCCAGGCUACACACUCUGUUUUAUUGUCAGCGUGGAGAACGUCUCAGCUUUGAACAUAUAAGGACAUUUUCAGCUUCUGAUCUCCUGGUAGCCUAUUGCAUCUGGGCUAGAGGCAGUGCUUUUGGUUUCCAACAACUGCAGCACAUAUACUUGUACAAUUGCCCCAGGCUGGUGUUCGUCCUCCCUAUUUCCUUCACCUUGCCCAACUUGGAGACCCUCCACAUGGCAUACUGCAGCAGCCUUCGACAUGUUUUCCCAUUGGAUGACAAGUGCCCCGAGGAAAUAGCAUCUGGGGUCACAUUCAAGAACCUAAAGCACAUCAAGUUGUACCAUCUUCACAAUCUGGAGCAGAUAUGCGAAGCCAGACUGACUGCACCGGCGCUGCAGACGAUCAGCCUCAGGGACUGUUGGGGUGUCAGGCGUCUGCCAGCUAUUGCACCCCAGGGUCCCAAGCCGGUGGUGGACUGCGAGAAGGACUGGUGGAACAAGCUCGAGUGGGAUGGCUUGGAUGCCGGGCACGACCCGUCGCUCUUCGAAACGCGCCACUCGGCCUACUACAAGAAGACCCUCCCAAGGGUCUCGUUUCUAAGGUGAUCUGUUGUGCUGCUCUGCCGUGUGUGUGAGGGGGUUAGCUUACGUGAAGCAUCAGUAUAUGUUGCUGUUACAAGCCCUGAUGUCACAGCUCCGGGGUUGUUUCCAACUGCUGCUACUUGCACGGCAUGGGCGAAUGGUGUGUUUUCACCAAGAUACGUCAUCUUGGUAUGCUUUGAUUGGUUUGUUGUGCUGGCUGCUGCCUGGAGUGCUACAGCUUUCCGCCGCUUGGUGUGGUGUUCAUAACCUAGCUGGGAUGUGUUGGUUUGAUCGAUUGUGUGUUUGUAAUAAGAGGGGGGCGUACAUAUUUCUGAGACCCGGUGUGGUGUGCAUUUAAUGGACUGUGAAUUCAGCUUGCGUUUGAUUGAUGAAACAAGGUGCAUUAUAGUUAUGUGAUUUUGUGCGAAUUUUGAGUGGAUAA